CGCCGUGCGGACAUUAUUAACGAAUCGUUUUAGCGGUAGCGAUAAAUCCGUGCUUUUCAUUACUAAUUUUUGUCAAAAGAAUCUUUUUACUGUUACGUUGAUAUUUGCUAAUGGAGCAAAUACUAUUGAAGCUUCUCGUAGCCGAUAAUGCUACUAUACAAGAGGGCACUGCAGAACUUCGAAAAGCAUUCAAGAAACCUGAAAGUACGCCUGCUUUAUGCCAACUCGUUGUAUCUUCUGCAAACCCACAAAUCAGGCAAUAUGCAGCAGUUUUACUUCGAAAGCGUUAUAACAAAGGAAAACAUUGGACAGAAUUACCAGAGAAUAUACGUACUGACUUCAAAGGAAUGAUCCUACCAGCACUAUGUAAUGAACCAGAAAAAUUCGUAAAAAAUGCUAUAGUUCAAUUAAUAGGUAUCAUAGUUAAACAUGAACUACCUAAUAACGAUUGGCCAGAAGUUUUGCGGUUUGUACAGCAAUUAGUUACAAGUGAGAAUUCAUUUGACAAAGAGUUAGGUAUGUAUACAUUGGCAACUAUGACAGAGAUAGCACCAAGUGCAUAUUUCGUUUAUGCAGAAUCAGUUGUCAUUCUUCUUUCUCAAACGCUAAGUAAUCUUCAAGAUUUAGGAAAUCCUAUUGCAUACUAUGUCAUACAAACAUUACAAAAUUUAAUUCCUUUGGUUGAAGGUAAUCAGAAUAUGAUAAAUGCCUAUCAACGUAUGAUGCCACAGGUAAUGGCAACGAUACAAGCUUUAGCAGCAGUUGACGAAGAUAAAGCUACGACAUGUUUUGAAUUAUUAGAUGAGUUAUGCGAAAAUGAAAUUAGCGUAAUAGCACCACAUGUAAAGCCACUUAUUAAUAUGUGCCUCGCUAUUGCCAGUAACAAAUCUUCAUCAGACCCUCUUCGAGUUAAAGCAAUCAGCUUUAUUGGCUGGCUUGCAAGAACUAAAAAAAAGGCCCUUGUUAAACACAAAUUGGUCGAACCAAUUAUUGAUACAUUGUUUACACUUAUGUCAUCUCGUCCUGAUGAUGAUAACGAGGAAGUCUACUUUAGCGGAGAAAAUGAAGAUAAUACACCUAUUACUUGUGCAACUCAAACAUUAGAUACAUUAGCAUUGCAUUUGCCUCCUGAAAAACUAAUUCCACAUUUGUUGAAGCACAUUGAACCAAGUCUUCAAGGUUCUGAUAUUUAUGCAAAGAAAUCAUCACAUUUAGUUAUGGCGGUACUUGCUGAAGGUUGUUCCGAGCACAUUCGUACCAAGUAUUUAGAAUCUUUUUUGCGUUGCAUUUGUCAAGGAAUAACCGAUCCUGCACCUGUCGUACGAAAUGCUGCUCUUUUUGCUCUCGGACAAUUUUCCGAACAUUUACAACCAGAUAUAUCCCAGUAUUCAUCUGAACUAUUACCUGUAUUGUUCGAAUAUUUUGGUCAAGUAUGUGCCCUCAUCAGACAAGAGAAAAAAGAACCGCCGUCGAUCGAUCGAAUGUUUUACGCUCUUGAAAUGUUCUGUGAAAAUUUAAAUGAAAGUUUGUUACCAUAUUUACCUACUUUGAUGGAAAGACUUUUUGAAAUUUUAAGCGCAGAAACUUCGGUCCACGUAAAAGAAUUAUCACUUAGUGCCAUUGGCUCAGCAGCCUAUGCUAGUAAGGAACACAUGUUGCCUUAUUUUGAAAAAAUUAUUUCUAUUCUUAACGGUUACCUUACGGAAAAACAAACAAACGAAACUAUGUGUCUUCAAAUUCAAGCCGUUGAUACUCUUGGAGUAAUUGCUAGAACGAUAGGGGAUGAGCAUUUUGCACCUCUCGCUACUAGAUCUCUUGAAUUUGGAUUGAAAUUAUUGAAGGAAACCGAAGACCCAGAUUUGCGAAAAUCCAUUUACGGCUUAUUUGCUUCGAUUAGCACAGUUAUGAAGAAAGAAAUAGCUAUGGCAUUGCCUCAAAUUGUCGAAUAUGCAAUAAACAGUAUACAAAGUUCUGAAGGUAUAGUGCCUCACUUUAAAGAAGAUGAAACAACUGCUUUUCCGAUAUAUGAGGAUCUUAGCGAUGAGAAUGAUGAUGAAGAAGAUAUAGAAAACACGGACAAUGAAGAAGAUGGGGAUGACGACGAUGUGGCAGGUUAUAGUGUAGAAAAUGCUUAUAUUGAAGAAAAAGAAGAGGCAAUCGUGGCACUCAAAGAGAUUGCACAAUAUACGGAAGAAGCAUUUUUGCCAUAUCUUGAGAAAUCAUUCGAAGAGGUCUUUAAAUUAAUUAAUUAUCCUCAAGAAGAUAUUCGAAAGGCAGCUAUAGAGGCUUUGUUGCAGUUUUGUAUUAACUUCUCCAAGAUUAAUUCUAAUGAAGGGAGAGAGUCACUAUUUAAGGCUCUGUCAGUUUUUGUUCCAAAACUAUCUGAAUUGAUAAGAUUAGAUGAUGAGAGAACAGUAGCCAUGUGUGGAUUGGAUGCAUAUUCGGAGCUGCUUAAAGAAAUAAAAUCUGAUGUUGUUAUUGGCGAAGGUCAUAAAUAUGCUAUUAUGAAUUGCAUAACGGAUAUUAUGUCAGGUAAGACUAAAUGUCAAGAUCAAGAAGAAGGAGAGGGCGUAGAGAUCGAGGCAGAACAAGACGAACUGUUAGUCGAAUGUGCAGGUGAUGUACUUUCGAAUCUUGGAAAAGCCAUUUCUUCUGAAGACUUUGCUCUUUACUUUCAAGUAGUCUUACCAAUGCUUAUAGAAAGAUCGAAAAAAAAUAAAUCCGAUGCGCAAAGAUCUUUUGCAGUUGGUAUGAUUUCCGAAUGUUUUUCUGGACUUGAACAUGCUGUAACCGCCUUUGUACCGCAACUUCUUCCUACAUUCUUGAAGUUUACUAAUGACUCUAAUGCUGAUGUCCGUAAUAAUGCAAUAUUUGGAAUCGGUGAACUUGCCUUCCAUGGUAAAGAUGCUGUUUAUUCCCACUAUCCUGACAUUUUACAAGUGUUAUCAAGCGCUAUUGCUAAAGAGUCGCACGUAGGUGCUCGAGAUAACGUUGUAGGUGCAAUAGCACGAUUGAUUAUUGUGAAUUAUGGAAUUUUGCCAUUGGACCAAGUUUUUCCGGUGUUCGUCAGUCAAUUACCAUUGAAAGAAGAUUUUCAAGAAAAUAAGGCUGUCUUUAGAAGUAUUUUAACCUUAUAUCAGGCCGGUCAUAACAUAUUACAACCUCACAUGCGUCCAUUACUUCAAGUUGCAAUCAGCGUGCUCCAAGAAGGAAAGACUACCGACGAUGAAGCAAAAAGCCUUGUAAUGGAAUUUGUACGAUCUUCCCAACGAGAUUUCCCGAAUGAUUGGAAUUCUGUCUACACCGAAUUACCACCAGAGAUAGCUACAAAUAUUCAACAGAUGUUUUCCUAAGUUAUAUUUCAAUUACAUUCAAAUCUUCACUUGAUUAACAUAAACUUAAGGCAUUAUGCACGAAAUACACAUUUUGUUUUCGCAAAUUAGUAUCGUUUUAAAACUUAGACGCAAUGUUUACAAAUCUUUUCAAUUUACAUUUACGAUCAUAGUAACUUAAUCAUCUUAUAAAUUUAUUAUUAGAACAAUCGUAAAGCGAAUAUGGCCAGAUUUUACAAUAAUAGUAAUAUAGCUUUUCUUUUUUCUUUCUUUUCUUUCUUUUUCUUUUUUUCCCUUUUUUAAGUCCACGAGUUGCUAUUGUAUUGUCGAUAAAAUAUAGAGAAUAACAUUGAAAUAUUUUGUAUCUUAAAGAGAAAUAUUAUAUUAUAUCUGUCAAAUGAAAUUUCGGCAUCGAGUAACGUCGUUUAUUUGUUUUUCUAUCUUCCGAAGUAAAGGUGCUAUUAUUCUAAGAUAAAAUUUACAUUAUAAAAUGAAUCAAAUGAAACAAUUCAAUAAACGUAUAUUGGGAGAGCAGGAACGUUAGAGGCGUUAUUACGAUAAAUUUUGCAUUAUAUUUGUCUAUAAUCAAAACGUAUUCAAUAAAGAGAGCAGUACUCUAUAAUGCAUAAACGUAUAAAUACACACACAUAGACAGACACACGUACACAUAAUACUCGUAAAUGUAUAAUUCGACGAAUAAAGACGUUAGAUUGGGUGCUUGUUAUAAAUUUAAUUGUCCGUUUUCAUACAAGAUUUCAUAAUAUUCGACUUGAAGAAAUUAUUCACACGAUUACUUCAAAAUGAAUCAUAUUUGUAUACGAUUAUCUAUAUAUAUAUAUAUAUAUUACACAUAUCUCCGUGGACAUAUACAUACACGAUUUUGAGAUGCUAUCGAUUUUUUAUCAUCAGAGAGAGAUAACCCGUUCUCCUAUUCAGUUGAUUCUUCCAAGUCAUACCGAGAUCAUUCGCCUUUGACGUUAACGAAAAAGCUCAUAAAUAAGUGUUCGAUAUCGUGUGUUAUUUGCGUACUUGUUAAAUAAAUUUCAUCACAAUUACGUUCAUUAAUCAUACGAGUUUGCAGUGAAAGUAAAUAAAUGGAAAGAACAUAUAUAUGUUCGAUCUUUAGAUCGAGAACGAAAAGUAUUGAAGGACGAUCUGUAUGUUAAAAAGGAUUCCUACCUUACCGACAAGGAUAAUCGAUCGUGUCGUAUCGCGAUGAUUGAGAAAAAAAUUUUCAAAGCAUCGUUCUAAGAAAUAAUAUAGAACGUUCAUCGUUUCUAGAGAAAGAGAGAGAGAGAGAGAGAGAGGGGACAAAAUAAAAAGAAGAAAGAAAUAAUGAAAAACUUCAUCAUAUCGUAUCAAUUGAAUCGAUAUCGGAGUUGUUCGUCGAUGAGAUUAGUCAUCGCGGCGAGCAGCGCGUCCUUGAAAAUUCCGGCAUGACUCGAAUGAAAAAGACGUCGCGUCGUAGGUGUAUGUCGAGGACGAUGGGAAAUAUAACGAGGAGAGGAAGGACAAGAAGCAACGUACGUUAGUCGAUUUUUUUUAAAUUGAACAGACCAAAUUUUCCUUUCUUUUACGUUACUCAAAUAAUAUUGCAAACAUUUAUAUAAUAUAUUUCGACGAAAAUUACGUUCUGUUUACAAAAACAAAAAAAAAAAAGAAAGAAAAGAAAAUUAUAAGAGAAAUUUAAUACCAUAAUUUGUGAUUAAUCUUUUUACGAAGGAAAAAAUAUACAGGAAGGAAAAAUUUCUAGACUGUCGUCAUCACGAUUAUUUAUUAUUAUUAUUUUAAUUAUCGUUAUAAUAGGAUACAAACGAUGUGAUAACUACGAUAUGGUCUAUAAUCGUAUCAUGUAGUUUCUAAAUGUUUGGAAGAUCGUUAAAAAAAAAAAAAAGAAAUGGAAAGAAAUAAGUUCUAAAAAAUAAUGUCAUUAAUGUUUUGUAAAGCGAUAUACAGGCGUUUUCGAUUUUAAAAUCUAAUUUAUUACCAUCGGAAGAGUCUUGACAAAAGUACAUAUUACGUCCAUUAAAUGUCAAAGUCGUCAUAAAUCUUGUACGUAUUGAAUUAUACGAAGAGAAAAAAAAAAGAAAUAUGGAAUAUAUUAUGCAAAUCUAAAACGUUUUGGGUUUACAUUUUAAACGCAAACAUUUUUUCUAAUUGAGAAUUAAUAAAGAAACGAAUUAAUAAAGAAAUAAUUUCUUUUCGAUCCGAAAAGAAUGAAUUAUUUAAUAAAUAUGAAAAUAGAAAACGAUUGGAUACGAGUAAGAAAAAAAGAAUAAUAAAAGGAAAUUCAAGUGUGACAAUAUAAUUGAUGAUUGAAAUGAUAGAGAAAAAGAGAAGGUGCGUUCACUUCUAAUUUCUAAAAGAAUCGACGGACUACGUACAUACAAUUAUCAGACCCCGUUAGCCGGGGGCGUUCCUUCGGUUCACACCUGUCGGACUAGUAGAGGCCACCGCUCUAACAAGAUAUCGAGCUAGCACAUAUUCCAAUGGAAAGUUUCGUUUCGAUGAGAACGCUUAGUCGACUGUUCGGGAUAGUCCGGAACGCCACGCGACGGUGUUCGAUUGCGUUUCGGCGGCAUCGUUCGUCGAUCAUCGUCAUUCCGCCAAAUAGAAAGUCCACUUUUGGCAUGUAAAAGGGGACCGGAAAGGUACCGGAUAGAAUUAUUCGUAUUCUAUCGUCCGUAUACGAAGGAGGAACGCGAACAGGAUGUAAUAAGGAUGUCCGCAUUGAUCGAAAGCUUAGUAAAGUAAUCGUGUCAUUUUUCGAAUGUUUUAAUCACACAUCUAUUAUAUAUAUCUUUACUACAUACAUAUAUAUAUAUAUAUAUAUAUAGAUAGACGUAAACCGUAUUUGGAAGAAAGAAUCAAUUUGAUUUUCGAUUCUGUUUGCUUCGACGAUUAAUUAUUUUUCUUCGAAGACACGUACUUCAUACGUAUAAAGCUCAUAUAGGUGCUUAGUUAAAAUACGAAAUGAACUUUAUGUACGUCUGAUGAAAUAUGCGGUGAAGAUACGGAAUACGAAAUCAAAUGAAACAAUCAUGUCGGAAGGAGACACGCACGUAAUGCGAAUUGCAGAAGCGAGAAUGCUCGGGGAGAAAGUGUGACUUUCGUCGAGAUAGAAGGACACCGAUAAGACUCGUUCGAAAGUGAUCAAAAGGAAGAAAAAGGAAAAGGAAGAUAUUGAGAAAAAAAAAUAUAUAUAUAUAUAUGUAUAUAUUUUCCACCUUGAUUCAUAUUUGAGGCGAGGAAUGUGAGAAAGUACGAAACGUUGUCUUCCGUGAAAAAUAAAAGUUUUUUUUAGUGACUUUCAAAGUAUUCGCUGUGAAUUAAUACGUUGAGACUGUGCGGAGAACUACUAUAAAACAUCCUCUGAAAGGAAAUAUUAACAAAGUGCAUUUUGAUGAUAUUCGCGAGAAAAAAAAAGAAAAAUAAAUAAAUAAAUAAAUAAAAACUGUUGUUUUUCGAACUGUUUGUAUUCAAAUAGAUAAAGAAAUGGUUUAGUGUGCGUAUUAUACGCUAUCAAGAUCUGAUAUGCAAAUUUCGCAUAAUAUAUAUCUGUUUGUUAAAUAAGUUAUAAAUGUUAAUGAAUUGGACUGAUAAAGAAAAAUAAAUGUAGUAAAGCACAAUUUGAAACGAGACAAGAAAGAAAGGAAAAUAAUUAAAAAAAAAAAAAAACAACAGUUAUAAGAUACAUAGAACGUAAAAGGAUCGAUCGAAGAGAAGAGAUAAGAAAAAGAAAAAAAUGGAAAUUAAUUAAUUUGCGGAGGUUGUAAAGGUGUUUUACCAAAGAGUUUUAUCGUAACAAUACAUUCGCUCUAACGCGUAGAGGAGCUUGAAAGCCCCGGUAAAAGGGCGCAACUCCUCGAGUGGCCCAUUUCCCGUUAUCGUGAUAAACUCUUUGACAAUCGGUUCGGUGCUCGACAAAAACUGGGGUGAAUCAGUUGCUUCGCGGUACUCAAACGCGAUGAAUGGAGCAAUCGCGACGCCGUCGCCGUUGUCAUCGGCGUCGUCGUCGUCCUCGUCGUCGUCGUCGUCGUCGUCGUCGUCGUCAUUGUCAUUGUCAUUAUCAUCGUCAUCCUCGUCGUCGUCGUCGUCGUCGUCGUCCUCUUCCUUCUACUCCUCAUCGUCACCCUCCUCCUUUUUCUCCUCCACCACUUUCUCCUUAUUCUUCUCCUUCUCUUCUUUCUUCUCCUCCUCUACCUCUUCCACCUCCUUCUCCUCCUCUACCACCACUACCACCAUCUCACUAUUAUCGUCGUCUUCCGGCUGAUCGCAAGAGCGCCUAUACGAGGAAUAAUAAAAUGGACGUGGAGCUGGUCACGCGAGCAUCCUUGACCUCCCUUCAAAAUGUAGACGAUGGCCGUGUCGUCUCGCCCAACAGCCUCGACGAAUGGACUUGGUCCAGUUUAAGA